AUAAUAUGAGUCAUAAUAUUAUUAUGUGUAAGUAAACACUGCAUAACUUGUCAGUAAAACUAUGUCGUAUAAACCUGCGUUACAAAUAACAAGAAAAGGAAUCUAAUAAAGAAGUGUCUACUGUGACAAAAUACCUUAAUCGAAUGGAAAAGCAUGGAAACACAAACAGUACCGUUAAAAUUAUUGUUAAUGCUAUGACUGCAAAUCCAACUAAGUUGUGGGAAAAACUGUAUGUACAUCAAAAAAAAGUUCAAAAAAAACUAAAUGCACUUGAUUUUACAGCAGUAAAACCAAGAAUAAAGGAUCAUACUCGAUUUGUUCUUAUAUCUGACACUCAUAAUAAAACAAAACAACUAGAUUUACCUGAAGGUGAUGUUCUAAUUCAUGCCGGAGAUUUCUCAAACGUGGGCAAAGUUGAAGAAAUAGAUCAUUUUAACGAAUUUCUAAAUCAGCAUAAAAACAAAUAUAAGCACAUUAUUGUUAUUAGUGGCAAUCAUGAGUUAUCCUUUGAUCCUAUUACAUUUGCUAAAAACUCUACAAAUAUGUAUAAAACCAAUCUAAUUGGCAGUACAGAAAUUAAAAAAAGACUAAAAAAUUGUACAUACAUUGAAGAUGAAGCCCUUUACAUUAAUGGUUUUAAAAUAUAUGGCUCUCCAUGGCAGCCUGAAUUUGGUGGUUGGGCAUAUAAUCUUGAGCGUGGUGAAAAAUGUUUAGAAAAAUGGAAUAUGAUUCCUGAUGACACUGAUAUUUUGAUUACUCAUGGACCUCCAUUAGGCUAUGGUGAUUGUUGCUCUUCUGGUUUAAGAGCAGGUUGUGCAGAGUUGCUUUCUUCUAUUCAACUUAGAAUAAAACCAAAACUACAUGUGUUUGGACAUAUUCAUGAAGCAUACGGAGUUUGGACUGACGGAACAACAACAUUUGUUAAUGCUUCAAUAUGUGAUUUACAAUAUAAACCAAGUCAUCUUCCAAUCAUUGUUGAUCUCAAAACACCUAUUGUUCAACAUAAUUGAUGUAAUACCUCAUAUCUAAUAUGUGUAUGUAAAUACAUACAGGGCCUAUUCUAGGAAAAAAAUUUGGGCGGCGGUACCCUCUCGGGUAUAACCGGAAAAUCGGCGAAACCGCAAAAAAAACAAUAUUUGCCGUAAAAAAAUGUAUAAAAAAAAAAAAGUCCCCAAAUUUUAAUUUGGGUGGCGCCCAAAAACGGUCGACGCUAUCGAAAACGGUCUAGAAUAGCCCCUGUAUAUAUCAGAGCCGACGACAUCGGAGAAGGAGGGGGGGUACGUGCCCCCUACUUUUUUUAAAGACCUUUUUUUUUAUUUAAAAGAAAAUCCUAGAUAUAGAGGACUUUUUUUAAAAAUUGACGAUUGUGCCCCUCCACUUUGAAACCCGUGUCGUCGGCCCUAUAUAUACAUAAUAGGGCCGACGCCCUAUUAUGUAUAUAUAGGGCGUCGUAAAUAAAUAACAUACUAUAAUCCACUAUAUACUCUGUAUUUGUUGUUGUUGGUAAUAUUGUCAUAGUAAAAUUGACGCACACUUGAUUUUUGCUCACUGAAAUUAAUGUAAUAACUAAAAUUUUAAAUUAAGAAUUAAAAAUGACACAAA